AUGCGCCGCUCAGACAGUGGGUACCGCAGGUCGGUGUGUGCACAGAAGGUGCCCACUGAACUCCCCAACCUGCCAACCUACCAACCUGCUGCACCAAGAACUACCUGUGCUUUUCUUAUUCCCUAUAUCCUCUUCUUAAUCAUUGCUGGAAUGCCCCUGUUCUAUAUGGAAUUAGCACUGGGACAGUAUAACCGAGAAGGGGCUGCCACUGUGUGGAAGAUCUGCCCAGUUUUCAAAGGUGUAGGCUAUGCAGUGAUACUCAUAGCUCUUUACGUGGGUUUCUACUACAACGUUAUCAUAGCUUGGUCUCUGUAUUAUCUAUUUUCGUCAUUCACAUUUGAGCUCCCCUGGACAAACUGCGACAACAGUUGGAACAGCCCAAACUGUACAGAUCCCAAACUCUUCAACGCAUCAGUGCUUGGCAACGGUACCAAAUACUCAAAGUACAAGCUCACUCCUGCAGCUGAAUUUUAUGAGCGAGGAGUUCUGCACCUGCAUGAAAGCCGUGGAAUCCAUGACCUUGGCUUGCCUCGCUGGCAACUUUCCCUCUGCCUCUUGGUGGUGGUAAUCAUUCUUUUCUUUAGUCUGUGGAAAGGCGUGAAGACUUCAGGAAAGGUUGUUUGGAUAACAGCCACUUUGCCUUACGUUGUAUUAUUUGUCUUGUUAAUACAUGGAAUAACCCUGCCUGGCGCAUACAAUGGAAUAAAUGCAUACCUGCACAUAGAUUUCAGAAGAUUAAAAGAAGCCACCGUAUGGAUUGAUGCAGCUACUCAGAUAUUUUACUCCUUAGGAGCCGGGUUUGGUGUUUUAAUUGCGUUUGCCAGUUACAAUAAGUUUGACAACAACUGUUACAGGGAUGCUUUGCUGACUAGUACCAUUAACUGCGUCACAAGCUUUAUCUCAGGAUUCGCAAUUUUCUCCAUAUUGGGCUACAUGGCUCACGAGCACAAAGUUAAAAUUGAGGAUGUAGCCACUGAAGGAGCUGGUUUAGUUUUCAUCCUGUAUCCAGAGGCAAUUUCAACUCUUUCAGGAUCUACAUUUUGGGCCGUGGUAUUCUUCAUCAUGCUCCUUACUCUUGGCAUUGACAGUUCUAUGGGUGGGAUGGAGGCUGUCAUCACCGGCUUGGCAGAUGAUUUCCAAAUUCUGAAGCAACACAGAAAGCUCUUCACAUUUGGUGUUUCUUUUGGCACUUUCCUACUUGCCCUUUUUUGCAUCACCAAUGGUGGAAUUUAUGUGCUGACACUCCUGGACACGUUUGCAGCUGGGACUUCGAUAUUGUUUGCCGUUCUAAUGGAGGCCAUUGGAGUUUCCUGGUUUUACGGUGUGGACAGAUUCAGUGAAGAUAUCCAACAAAUGAUGGGCUUCAAGCCAGGUCUCUACUGGAGAUUGUGCUGGAAAUUUGUUAGCCCUGCUUUUCUACUGUUUGUCGUGAUAGUCAGCAUAAUAAAUUUCAAACCUCUGACCUACGAUGACUACACCUUCCCUCUCUGGGCAAAUCGAAUUGGCUGGGGAAUAGCAUUGUCUUCAAUGAUACUUGUGCCUGCCUAUAUUAUCUAUAAAUUUAUGAGCGUGCGUGGGACCUUUAAAGAAAGACUAGCUUACUGCAUCACACCCGAAAAUGAGCACCAACUUGUGGCCCAAGGAAAUGUCAGGCAAUUUAAGCUUCAACACUGGCUAACUAUAUGACAACCAACAGGUUGAGGAAAAAGCCAAUAAGUUAAGCUAAACUGGGAAUACAGAAAAGUCAAGUUCAAAGCUCCCUCGAUUAUGCUUGGACCAGGCUGGCUCAGAGCUUAUCUACUGACUCUUUGAGGGAAGACAUCUGCUCUCUGUUCUCAAUGCCUCCCUUCUAUUACUUGGCUUCAAACGAUCCUUAAAGACUCUAUUUAAUUUUCCUUAUAUCUUUUGGUGCCAUGAGAUCCCUACAUGACCAAAACUUGUGAGUUUUGCUAUUGGCAGAAGUGGAGGAGGGGGGAGCAGAGGGAAAAAAAGCAAUCAACGUAAGUUAAAUGCUCUUUUAUCAUGAAGAAGUGAAUGAAACUUUUCUGAGAGUAAUAAUUACUUCAGAUAUUUGUGCCACGACCUAUUUGAAACCAACAACACCUGAACACUUUUAGAUCUAAGGAAAGAAUACAUCUCGAUUAUGAGGAAAGAGCAACUUUAACUAUGUACUAAAGUCAUUAGCUUUCUUGCCAUACUAUCCUUUGGGAUAUGAGUUUGCAUCCUUCUGAAGUGAAGACUCAGUGCUUCAUUUUCAGUGGUUUGUUAUUAGUUUCUUCUCUUGGUGAAGAAGGUUGUCUUUGCUACCUGUAGAUGUCCAUGCCAUUUUCUGUCCAAUUUAAUUAUAAAAGCUGAAGAGCAGCAGGAACAGAAUUCCUGUUACAGCUAAGUACAGAAUACAGUCUACUACCACUGUACUUCAUUAAAAAUAUAUUCCCUUAUAUCAGCAACUAAAGUGGCUUUCUCAUACGAUCCAUACUCCACAGACUUUUUCAGCUAAGUAUGAAAGUUAGAUGCACAUAGACAGACUUUCAUCUUUUUGAUAGAUUUUGUUCCAAAUAAAGAAUGUAAGACACAUAGGAAGAAUGAUUCUUCGAAUUACAUAAUCUAGCUAGAGGCACCAAAAUACCACACUUUGGCUUUAUUCUCCUGCUGUGAACAUGCUUUUAUGAUAAUCUAACCUGGAUUCACCUACCAAACCAUAGUAAGAUUGCAUUGAAUAGUUUAGAAGGCUAUUUUAGGCAUACUCAGCUCUCUAAGCCUAUUCCAGCUCUUCUCUCUGGUAGCAUUAUGCAAAGUAGAAGAUACAGAACAAACUCUGCAUUUGGGUGCUGUUCUUAUUCUGUGGUCACUUAUCACUGUAGUAUCUUCCCAGUGAUCACUAGAUUUGGUAGCUUUGAGUUAUUUCUUGUAGUUAUUUAUCACUAAAUCUAGAGUAAUUUUCAGAGGCUUCUCAGCCAAAUCCAGCCCAGAGUUUACCUCUAGACCUUACCUCUGAUUUAUUUUUUUUUUGCCUUUAUACGCUCAAUUCAGCUUUUCUUUUAAAUUUGUGUAGUGCUGCCUCUUUUUAAAAAGACCAUUUAAAAGGAUGGGGCUUUUUUAUUUAUAAUACAGGGUUUUUUUAGGGUUUUCUUUCCUUUUUAUAAAUAGCCGAAUUUAAAAGUCCUAACUGAUUUUAUCCUUUUCCAUUUAACAUUGAUUUCUGUUCAAAAUAAUGGAAGGGAAAUUUCUCUCCUUAUUUAUCCUCUUCAUCCAACAUAAUCAAUACUUCGGAAUGUAUCAGUUAUUGUCCUUUUCUUAAAGAAUCUCUGUGACAAAUAGCAGUUUUAUUUAAACAGGGUUUUAAACCAAAAGGAUACUUUCUUCUCAUGAUAAAGGAAGUCAUAUUUUCUGGCCCAGCUGAUGGCCAAUAGCUGUUUAAACCCUUUUAUUAAAUAUAUUUCAAUAAUAAAGGAGUUUCAAAUGUUGCAGCUCUAGUUCUAUAAUUACAGAAGAGGCCAAACAGUGAAAAUAUAGAAAAGCCAUCCCACAAACUUCAUAGUUAAUCCUGUUUUUGUUGUUUGCUAAACUACAUUAGAAUCUUUUCAUUGCUGUAAAUUUUACUUUUCUAUAAUACAGCUGCUUCAGUCACUGGCUUGGCAUGGCUCAAAAGCUUCUUAGCAUAUCUUAGCACAGAUAUAAUUAUCAAGUUUUGAAACUCUUGGGGGCUUUAACAGCUCGUCACAUUACACAUUAUUUGGUUUGCUCAUGAUUGGAAACGCUAAGAACCUGCAUCAAUGUGCACUUGUGACACAGCUCCUCACCAGGAAAAGUUGCAGUUCAUCACCACUCUGCACUGAAAUAGCAGCAAAGUUAUCUUAACAUGGGACUGAAAUCAGCUUUACCCAGCGUGUUAGGGUUUGAUUGUACUUCUAAUACCAACUCCCAAGGCAAUUACCUACUACAUUAUUUUUAUUAGUGUAUAAUUUCUUAGGUUCAGCAUAGUAUUUAUAGCUCAGGACUCCAUUGCACUGUUGCCAUCUUGUUCUGAGGUUUUACAGACUUGCAACCUAUACAGAAGAAAUAGGCAAAUCAGAGAAAGCGGGAAUCUUAUUACCAAGAAUAGCCCAGGUGAGAAAGAAAGAUAAUACACAUUGCAUGCCUGCUCAGCUAGGCUUUAAGUUCAAGAUGUUGCCCAAAGGAAGUCUCCCCAAAAGUAAUACAACUUCUGUCCCAGAGAUGAAGAACAAUGUCUUCAAUUCUUCACGCAGAAUAAGAUGAUCAACUACCUCACGCCUCUUGGACAAUAAAUGAUGCCCUUAGAAACAAACUAGCAUCCGUUCAAAUGGCAAACACCUUUGCAAAGACCAGGUUACGUUCUUUUCCUCGUUCCAGUGAUAUGGUACAGACAUUUCAAUAAGAAGCCACAGCUCUGGCACCCAGCCCUUCUUAGGCACCUGCUUUGAGCUAAUAGAUUUUCAAUAUGGAAAAUAUCAAAUGCUACCAAGAUACUCACGCCCCUUCAGUUCAACCUUCAGUACUUUAAAAAUUAAAAAAAAAUCAGUCACACAGUCAGGUCCUUAUCACCCAUCUGGUCUAACUAAGUCUUCCUCUAACUCAGUCUUGAAUUUUCAGCCAAGCAGCUCCCUCUUUCCCUCAGCUACACCUAUUGUGGGAACAGAACAGCUCUGGGGGCUGGUGCUCUCCCAGAUAUCCCUGUGGGAUGGCAAGGACAUGCUGAGGGAGUAGGCAGCCCACUUCCAAAAGAUGAACAUUUUUGAUACAAGCGCAUUCAAGGUGCAGUAUCAUCUGCUUGCUAAUUAUGUUGGAUUUUUGGUAACAAGCCAGUGGGAAGAAUUGAGUGAAGCAAUUAAAUAGCUCAUUUGACAGUUCCAGAAAAUAUUUUCUUGAAAGCCUUUUCUUUUUUUAUUUGAUAAAGGAAGCAGCUGUCAUACAUUAACAUGUCUCUUCCGACCUUCCUUCCUGUCAGUGAAAAAGACCCACCUGUGAUCCAUAUUGCUCCAUCAAUUCACAGAAAGUUAGUUCACACCGAGAAAAGAGAUCUUCCCUUUUUUUUGUACUCCUGCUGUCAUUCAGCAGAAUAAUUCUUCACGUACUUGGUACUGCUCUAUAAAACUCCAGAGGUGUAGAUUUCGGGUAGAGAGACAGUCAGUCUUUCAUAGGCAACAGUCCAAAAAGCACUAGUGCUGUUUAGUGUUUGGCCCCUGUUUGAACCAUAUCUUUUUUGUGAGUCCUCCUUGUGUUCUGUCGUGUCCCUAGGCAUACACCUUGGCACCACUUGAAAGGCCUCUUACCAUAGUGAGGGAUCUUGCAGGAAACCCGGGUCAAACAUGAUAUUCUAAAUAUAGAAUCUAAGAGAAAUUCUUGGUAGUUACCAUUGUACAUGUUCCCUGACUGCACGUGCAAUGUAUGUUGUAUGUAAUUUUCCCAGAGGAAAUGCCAUAUAAUUGGUCGUUUCUUCUCAGCAAAAUCCAUUUAAAUGCUAUUAUUUAAAAAGGUCAAGCCCAAACAUUUUGUAUAUACAUCCACUUCUUACACUAUUGUUUUGACAUGAAUUAAGUUUAUUUUGUACGGUUAGGUUAUAGGAGGCCACACAGAAAGUUCUUUUGCUUUUAAUGUCUCAUUUGCAGUUCUUCCAGUUCAUACAGCACUAAUUAGCAGAUACUUGCUUUUAUGGGAGUAGAUAGCUUUCCUUCAUAACCUGGACCAAUUCAUUAAGUUUCAUGAGGCAUUAGCAAACAUUUAAGAAUUUCUUUCCUAACAACCAAAUUUAAACCCAAGAUCAGCAAUUUCAAGAGAGAUGAGACUUAGAAAUGUUUUACUUGCAGUGUAACAUUUUAAACUGUGCCUGAAGGACUCAGAUAAAAGUUAUCACAGCUCAACAAAUGGCAGCAUAUGAUGUACCUGCAGAAAUUAUGUGGGCACUCUGACCCUCUCAGAGCAGUAAAAUUGGAUAUGUUUAUUCUAAUACAGUUUAUUUUCUCAGGGCUAAGAAUAUUUAUGGUUCAUCAAGCAGCUCAUGUGCAAGAACUCCACCUCCUUAAAGGCCAACGUGAUGUUUUAGAUUAGACCCUUGAAUAAGUUUGGAGCCUUGGCAGUACAGGGAGAUAGAUCUUCUGGAAACACCUCCAGAAAGUCUCCUCUGAAGGAAAGCACUCUUUCAAAAGUCUUCCUUCUUCUGACUCGUAGCAGUGUUCCUGUUGGCAACUGUGGGCUGAUCUAGCUAAUCAGUGGAAAGUUGAGUUGUAAGAACAUGAAGGUAAACAGUUUAUUAGAAAGUCAGAAACAGAACCUUCAAAUUCCAUGAUGACUUUACUUGAUUCAUCUCAAUAUACAAGCUGAGUGUAGAAUAUGGACUAUUUUAAGCAAAGCUGGCCAGAGAUCACCGUACAGGACUGAAUCUGUGAGCUGCUUGGAUACCUGAGUUAUUACAGGUCUUCAUUUAGUGAACUAACGUGUGCUGGUACAUGAGAAAGCCAGUCACAUUCCAGCUUAAUGGUGCAUUAGUACAGGAUACUGCAAAACAGUCUGAAAAACAUUUUCGAGCUUAAUUCACAGAGGGUAAUCCUUCAGUUAAGCCCUGUUAGGCCUGUGACCUCAUAUCACUGAGUUUCAGAGAGGAUCAUAUAGAAGGAAUAGUUGUAUCUCAAACAUCCAUGUUUGAGUGUUUCUGACUUGUUCAACCAUUUCAGUCUGUUGUAACUCAGACUUCAACUGGAACAUUUCGCCAAGCACUUGCUCCCCUCUAAUCCAUAUUCUCAAAGAGGAGUUUCUGUUGACAGUCGGCCAAGACCACUCAGACUGACCAACAAGGCGUGCACGUGUCCCUUAGCUGUGAUUAGAUGAGCAAUUACUCGGUUUUGCCUGCUUAAGCUUAGCUAGGGAAUGACAAGACUUCAAAGCCAUGCCAUGCACAGAGAAACUUUUACUAGGCUGAAAAAAUUCAUAUUUUUUCACAGUGUUCCUAAUAAAAAUUAAAUCAACGUAAGACCAAGAUCCUCAGCUGAUGACUAAUUGUACAGUGGUGCUGCUCCCUGCUCGAGACUGAAUUUAGAAGCAUUCUCUAUUAUAGAGAACUAGAUGGCCAAUAAAGACAUUUCAACCAGCAGAAAAACAGAACAGUACAAUAUAGCUGCUUUUAAGGACAGAAUUUUAUCAGUGUUCCUUCACCCUUUAAAAACGGAAUAUGUUUAGACAAAUUGCAAUCACUGUAUGACCAACCUAGCAGGAACCCGCAGAGAAAGAAAGCCAGAAGACUCUAAGUAACACAGAUAUCAUAAUUGUAUUCAGUGAAAAUCUUCCUUAGAAGAACACAUAGGUGUCUAGGUGCAAGUGGUUGGGAUGGAGCCAAGAAGAGGAGAAACUGAGGGGCUUAAGUCCAGCAGCCUUCACGCGUGUUAACCCUUACUGCCCUUAGUUCUCACGUGGAGAACAGUGGGCCUUUUUUACCUAAGCACUGAGAGCAAGGCUGGGCCACCUGUGUGCUUCGCUUUCCUCCUUUCCUUUAGCCACCAUAUGAAACAAAAGUUGCUUAAUUUCUUUAGUAAGGGAACAGGAUAAAUUCACUGAACUAAGAAAAUUACUAAGCCUUAAGCUGGCUCUGUUUUAAAGGUGUCACGUUGUUCCUUGGUCACUGCCAAGAGGCCUCAAACUUGCAGGUGACCUGCGUCUGUAAUUUUUGUUGUACACUCUGUGAAUCUAUCUGCAAGCUUUUGUUUGCUAUGGGUCAUAUCAGUUGCAAAGGGAGAAUCUCCAAAUAGUACCUUUUGAAAACAACUUCUAAUAGGUCUGGUGAAGAUUUGCCUUACAAAUAAAAGCUUUAUAGUGAGCAUUUACUUGGUUUACACCAGUGUUUUACUUAAUUUUUAAUGCCUUUUUAUAGCAGUGACUAGACUUUACCUUAGAUAAGGGUACCUCUGUAUAGGAAAUAUUUUAAUACUUUUAACAGUUUUUUUAAUUUUCAUAGAAUAUAAGUGUAUAUUGUAAGGCGAGAAAUUCAACUUUGAUGUAACAAGGUUAUCACACAAGACCUAUUUCUCCAUUAUAAGAUUUUGUAGUCAGCCAGUCUAGUUCAAUAAUAUGUUGGCCUUUGAUGAUAAAUGUAAAAAUGUGAUAAAGGAGAAUAGAACAUUAUCUACAGCUAAUGCACAUUGUAGCACAAUAUUCUCCAUUGCUGCCUUAAUCUCAUAAAACGAAGUCAUGUGUUUUUAAUUUAUAUUCUAAAAACACCAAAAAAUCUAGAGCAUCCUUUGGCUGCAAUUUUGUGUUGUUAUAUGACUUAACAUUAAACCAAAUGUGUUAGUGUCCAGUAGGUCUACUUCAAAAGCAAGAGAUCACAUUGCAGUUUUCAGGAAUAGGUUUUCAUAGGAGUUCAAAACUUGCCACUGAUAAAAAUACUCUCCAAAGUGCCCCAGUGACCAAAAGUGUCCAACAGCCACCACAUUUCCAUGCCUGGUUCCAUUAAUUGUGCAAUCUGCAGGUCCAUUUGCCUUUUUUUCUGUAAGUCUUUGGUUAUCUGGGGGAAAUGGCAUUUCAAUGAUUUUUUUUUUUUUUUUGAAAGGGAGACACCUACAUGCCCAUGUGUGUAACUAGAAACAACUACAUUUCUUAUAAAUAUGGAUAUGGAUGUGUGUGAUGUGUGCUGGUUAACUAUACUUAAAAUGCUGAUAAAGAUGGUGAAUGUAAAGUAUUUGUCCUCAUUCCUCUGUCUUUCUGUGAUCAGUGUAAAUAAGAUCUGUUUUAAGCUGUGCAUUAAUGUAACAGAUUAUUCCAAUAUUGUGUAUAAGAUUAUUUAAAUAAAAAUCUGACAAAUAUGCACAUAAAAAGAGUAUAAAGAAAAGUCUUAUGUACCAAGAAUUUACUUAUGACAGUCAAUUAAAAGCUGAAAUGAAA